AUGAGCACAUAUCCCCAACAUGUGGUUGACGCGGUCGCCAACUGUAACGAGAAGGUGAAGUCUCUGCAAACAGAAACAGAGUCCCAGGCGAAUCAGACACGCAUUGAAUACAGGAAAAAGCUUGAACUCUUAUUUGAGCAACGACAGGAGGCUCUUGACAAAAUUGAAGGCUUUUGGAGUGGUGUCUUGUCAGCUACUGAAACUCCAUUAAGACCAUUGUUCAAUGGGACUAUUGAUCCCAAGAUUGUCCGUGCAAUUACAAAUUUUAAGGUGACGACAAGCGUUAAGGAUGGUUUUUUAUGCCGAAAUGUCUCUAUCGUUCUUCGUUCCAAUAUGUUUGCUGAACAGGGAACUAUUUAUCGUGAGGUGAACACACAGCUAAAAACAAUUUCAUUGGGGCCUAUAAAGUGGAAGUCGGGAACGGAACGCGCACGUCAGGACUCUGUUUUUAGAUUUUUUACAGUCGAGUGUAAUGAUGAGGGUUUUAUUGAUGAAACUUUGGACGCCUUUGACACAGUUUUUCAAAACCCAUUUUUAGCACUUGAAUCUACUGAAUAUUAA